UCGCACACACAUUGCGCCCAAAUGGAGUGUUGUUCCGUCCGAUCACCACCGAUAGUGACGAUCAUACCCUCAUCUCUUCCCAAGAGUGGCUUCUUCAUCGAGAAACAUUUUGUGCAUGGCCAGGUUCUCAAAUACUCCAAUUCAAAGAGUCACUCCAAUGCCAGAAACCUCAAACAUUCUCAUACAAUCACAGCCCGACAAGUUUCAGGCAUUGCAAAAAUCAGCUCAAUAGCGGUUGAAGCUGUUCCUAAGACUGUGAAUACAAAAGAUGAGAAUCUUGCAUUUGUUGCUGGUUCUACUGGGAGAGUUGGCUCGAGAACAGUGAAGGAGCUUCUGAAACUUGGAUUCAAAGUUAGAGCUGGUGUGAGGAGUGCUCAGAAAGCAGAGUCUCUGGUCCAGAGUGUUAAAGAAAUGAAGCUUGACAUUGACGGAACUCAAUCAAAUAACAGGAAUUCUUUGGUCUUUAGCCCAGCUAUAGACAAGCUUGAAAUUGUGGAAUGUGACUUGGAGAAACGAGGUCAGAUUGGACCAGCAUUGGGCAAUGCAUCUAUAGUUAUAUGCUGCAUUGGUGCUAGUGAGAAGGAGGUUUUUGAUGUUACAGGUCCUUACCGAAUUGACUAUCAGGCUGCCAAAAACCUCGUCGAUGCAGCAACUGAUGCAAAGGUUAAGCAUUUUAUUUUGGUUUCAUCGCUGGGAACAAACAAAGUUGGAUUUCCUGCUGCUAUUCUAAAUUUAUUUUGGGGGGUCCUCAUUUGGAAGAGGAAAGCAGAGGAAGCACUAUUAGCCAGUGGUAUACCUUACACUAUAGUGAGACCUGGAGGAAUGGAGCGACCAACUGAUUCUUACAAGGAAACUCAUAAUAUGAAUCUUUCAGAAGAAGAUACUUUGUUUGGUGGUCAGGUCUCAAAUCUUCAGGUGGCAGAACUCAUGGCAUUCAUGGCCAAGAACCGUAGUCUUUCAUACUGUAAAGUAGUGGAAGUUAUUGCAGAAACAACUGUGCCAUUGACUCCCAUGGAGAAGCUUCUUGCCAAAAUACCAUCUCAACGCAUUGAACCAAAGGAUUCAGAUGCUGCAAGUGAGUCCCAGCCUGUGCCUCCUAAAAGUGUGGUGUCUGGGGCUGCAAGUACAGUUGAAGAGGAACCUUUCAGAGAAGAAGUAGUGGUGACAAGGCAGCCAUUUUCUCCAUAUACUGCUUAUGAGGAUCUCAAGCCUCCUAGCUCUCCAAGCCCUACACCGAGUGGUGCCGAAAAGAUAUCUGAAGAAGUUCCGUCACCAUCAAAUGGAGGCAACAAUGUGCCAACGGUUACAGUUUCUGGUGUUUCUGAGAAUGAUCCUUCUCAGAAUUUGACUUCUAACAAUUCACCCUUCCUUGUAUAUGAUGAUAUGAAGCCCCCAACAUCACCAACACCGAAUCAGCCUGAUGGGACCCUCCUAUCAACAUUGUCCCAAGAUGGCUCAUUGCAGAUGCCCACCAUGUCUGGCAACGACACAAGUCAACCUUUAACAGCAGAUAUACCAGUGGAGAAGCAGCAUCAUAAUGAACCAAAACCAAGACCAAGGCCACUUUCACCUUUUACUAUGUAUGAAGACUUAAAGCCUCCAACGUCUCCCAUGCCAUCCCCGGGGAAAAGCAAAUGACACCACCACCUAGCAAUUUUAGCAAGGUGACUGGGAGUUGACUGAAACACUGUGCUGCAGAACGCAAUUGGCAUCUUUUCCUUGGAAUUUGUCAAAGGCUACCAAGUGAAAUCGGCACAGCUUUUCUUGAGAUAUUCAUUCUGAAUUCACCACUUUUUCUCUAGACAUAGUUGUCAAAAAUUCAAUGUCAUAUAAGUUUCUUCUUUAAUGUCAUCAGAAUUCUUGGUAUGUUGUGUGCAUGAUUUUCUAGAAUUCAUGUUAUCAUUGAAUGCUAGAGACAGUGUUAGGGAUGGAUCAUCUAUAACAUUUUUAAGGAGCGUUCAUGCAUGUGAAAAAACGAGAUUCGUUGGGCACAAAGAACUGAAUUGGCUCGACAAACUUGUGGAAAAACAAGUUGGUUGCUUUACCCCUUUCAUCUGUAUAUGAUGCAUGUAAUGGAAGCAAAUAUUAUCACCA